AUGUUAGAGACAAAUAAAGAGUUAACCUCCCAAAAUGAGAUACUCCAAGCACAGGCAACCACCAUUAACGCAAAUGACGAUGCAAGGAUAGAAAUCGGGGUUCAUGCCACUGCUGAUGACAAACAGGUUUUAAUUCAAAGUUUAGAAUUGAAGAAACACCUUGGGGAGAACAAAUAUACCACAAUUGGUAAGUUCAAGACGACAACCUGCAAAGCAGCAAAAGAAAGUCCAAUAGUAGGAGUUAAACAAGUAGUACUUGGUUUAAUAAACAUUUCUAUUAGGCACGAAAUACCCCAGCAUAAGAUGGAGUCGAAUAGUAACAAGCAAGACGAAAACAUUACAAGGUCAGACCCAGAGUUAGGGACCAUAGAUACUGUUGUAGGGUUGGAAAAUCCUAUAGAUGAAUCCACACCCACAAAACAGGAGGAACGGGAAGUGAAACCAAAGGUAGUGAAAAGUGAACCCAAUGUAUCUGUGGAUGCAAGUCACAAGGGAGAGGAUAUGGAAUUAACAAGUUUGUUAAAUAGGAUGAUGGCGCAAAUUCGAGAAGGGAAUGCUAGUUUGAAAGCAGAAAUGGCUAGUCAUAUAUCCCAACUGGAUGAAAACCUAUCUGGUAAAAUAAAAGCCAGUUUAGAUGUUUUGAAUACGCAAAGCCAUCGUAUCACAGAGGUAAACAAAUCAGUAAAUAGCAUUAGGGCUGAAAUAACAAAUGUUCAGAGAAAAGUCACAGAAAUAGAGAAAAGAUUUGAUACCGAAAUUCAGAGAAUAGAGAAAUCAGUGGAACCUUUGGUUAGUGAAAAAUUAGAACCGACAAUUGAAAGUAAAUUACAGGUGAUAGUACCAGUUGUAAAGAAAGAGAUUGUUGGAGAAACGGCAGCUGAUAUUGAAACACUGCGCAAUACCAUGUUGAGUUUUGAUGCAUGUGUGCAGGAGCAGGAAAAUACACUGCGUAAUGAGAUAAAAUUGUUAAGUCAGCAAGUUCAGAAUCAGACGUUCCUUAACUGUAGUGGUAUCCCAUUGGUCAAGGGCCUAACGCGCGCGGAAAGAAAGAAAUGGCCCAAAUAUAGGGAAGAUCGGAGUAGUCAGUACUAUAGUAGGAUAGUGCGUCGUUCGCCUGAAGAGCAGUUACAUAAACGAAACUUUGCGAAGUAUAAUGCAGGGAUACAAACAGAGGAGAGAGAGCAGAGAGGAAUUAUUAAGGGAAAUGAAGUAGGAAAAGAAUAUCGGUCGGAUGUGAAGGCUCACGUGAAUGAAAUAAGUACAAUUCGAGGUCAGAGUGACGAAUUGAUGAAGGAAGAGUCAGAGAAGGCGUUGUUUGUCGGUAGGGAUGGCAACUGUGCAGAGAGGCAGGGGCAAGGUAGGAGUGAUGUGACUUAUGGUAAAAGGUUCGUACGAAUAGUCGACGAAUCGCAUCGAGAAGUAAUUAAAGAGGGAAGGGUGGAUAAGAAAAAGGGGCAUAGUGCAGAGACGCAUGCCGAUUCAGAAAUUACCUCGUAUGCAGAAUAUGUACAUCAGCUCAAAAGCCAGCCAGCACAAUUAGAAAGAUCUUCCACUCAAGUGAUUAAUUUGGACCCGAAUAUGACAGUGUUAGAGAGCCAUACCGAUUAUGAUGUGUACCUAGUGACAGCAAGAGUACAUGACUGUGAUGAAGAUUCUUUUAGAGAAAUUAGAGAAAGUGUAUCUAACCAAGAGAAAGAGUGUUGUGAUCCCUGUAGUACUGAAGCAAAUGAGUUGAGUGAGACUGGAAUUCCAUUAGUAGGGGAAAAUAAUGAAAGUAAGAGUGGCGAAUGCACUAUCCAACAAAGGGAAAGUAGAGAAAUGGAUUAUAAUUUGCAAGAAUUAUUUGAAUCCGAAGAAGGUCAUAUUUCUAAGGAGGAGGAAUUAUUGUCAGAAUCAUCAGAAAGCAUCCAGGGAGAAAAAGAAGUAGAGGAAGUUUCCGAUUCCGCAACCGAGAGUUCAGGCAUGACAGAUUCGAAUGAGAACGAGAUGACAUUAAAGAGCCUAUACGAAGGACUAUUGGAAAAAGCGAGGAACAAUUUAAAAAUAUCAAAGUAUGUCGAAUAUGAAAAGUUACAUCUAAUAAUUAAAAAGUUGUUUAUCUUUACAAAUAUAAGCAUUAUGAACGAAAUUCUAAAGAAACAAAAUUAUCUAAUAAGGAAUAUUUUUAUUAGAGGCUUCAUAAAUCCAACAUUUCAGCCAAACUUUAGAAUCGUGCAGAAAUAG